GUUCUGCUUCUGAGGAAAAUAAUCGCUUAUGGGACGUGACCAAGUUCCAUUCGGGUAGGGGUGCAUUUAGCGCCAAAACUCAAACUUGUAAUUAAGCGGGAGAUACCCUGGUGUAGAACAUUUCAGUCCUGGUCUGUAGCACUACUGAGGGUGACAUGGCCACUCCACCGAAGCGGAUUUGCAUCGAAUUGCCGCCAUCCCCCUCAGGCAAGAAGCGCAAGGUCAAGAGGAUCUCCAUAGAGGGAAACAUUGCUACAGGGAAAUCUACCUUUGUCAAUAUUCUCACAAAGGCCAGUGAAGACUGGGAGGUUGUUCCUGAGCCCAUAGCAAGAUGGUGCAAUAUUCAGAGCUGCAAAGAUGAAUUUGAGGAGCUAACUAACUCUCAGAAAAGUGGAGGUAAUCUACUCCAGAUGAUGUAUGAAAAGCCAGAGCGCUGGUCUUUCACUUUCCAGUCCUAUGCUUGUCUGAGCCGCAUCAGGGCCCAGCUGAAGGCUCUGGGAGGGAAACUGAAAGAAUCAGAAAAUCCAGUGCUCUUUUUUGAACGUUCAGUCUAUAGUGACAGGUAUAUCUUUGCAUCCAAUUUAUAUGAGACAGAGUGCAUGAAUGAGACUGAAUGGACUGUUUACCAGGAUUGGCAUGACUGGAUGAAUUCUCAGUUCGGUGCAGAUCUUGAACUAGAUGGAAUUAUUUAUCUCCGCGCCAUCCCUGAGAAAUGUUUAAACAGGAUUCAUUGUCGUGGGCGGGAUGAAGAGCAGGGAAUCCCCAUGGAGUAUUUGGAAAAACUUCAUUACAAGCAUGAGAGCUGGCUUCAUCACAGAACUAUGAGGUUAAAGAAUUUUUGAGCACUUUAUAGCAACCUGACAUUUUCCUUCUUCUGUGAAAUAGUUCUUCAAUUUACUAUCGGAUUUACGACUUUGUUAAUGGAAUGGACGUGCCUCCGUGUUUUUAUGCAUUUUUAUAAAGGUGUUCUAGUUUCUUUGUUAAUGCAGUGCUUCUGCCCUGGUGUUUGGCUUCUUGCAUAAUCCAACGUUACCAGGGAGAAGACUCCAUGCUUUUUUCACAGACCCCAUUUUAUGGCUUCCAGAACUGAAGACAACUUGCAGAGGGUUAAACGUUUUAUUAACUGACUUUGUACAGAUCUAUCCAUCCUCCACUUCUGGUGCAUCACUUGAAGUAGGUCACCAAGUCAUUGUACAGUGCAAAAAUCCCCUUUAUAUCCUUUGCGUCAAGUCUCCUUGUCUGGCAUCAGCCAUAUUACUUGCUAAAAACUGUGUAAAUGUAUAUAUAUUGAUGACCAAAUAACAGUGUCGACAUUGACAAUUUUAGCUGUUGAAACCACUUCUAGCAUUAUAAAAUGGUAAUAUCCAAAGGCGCAAAUCCCGCCAAAAGGGUAAUGUGCUAGAUUGAUUAAUGUAGGAACAAUGCAUCCUAUAAUUAUUUUGUGUAACAUUUAUAAAUGUCAUUAUUUUAAAUACAUUAUUGAGAUUCUCUGAUGGUGCUACAACUUUCACUAUCCUACUUUUAUGCACCAGUGUGCAUACCUUCUAGAAGGCUCCCCGGAUAUUUCUUCCAUCCAUAGAGUAUGUGUUUUCUAUAAAACUAUGCAAAUAUGAGAUUCUUUCAUUUUCAUACAUCUAGAUGUAUUAUUUUAUCUAACCAGACUGAAUUUUAACUGAAUGUCCCUUCCCCCCUUCCCAUACACAUACCAUAGUUUGUGGAAGAAACACCUAGCCAUACAUAAUGUAAUUAUUUUAAUAAUAUUAGCAGACGCUCUUAAAGGAGAAGGAAAGGCAAAAUUACAAAACUAUCCCAUAAUGUUGGCAAUUACUCCCUAUCCUGAAACGCUGGGUUAUGUUUUCUCUCUGUGCCUUUUAAAAGCUCUGCUCACGUUCCAAACUUAUCUAUAGUUCAAUAACUUAGUGGGCACCAUGUUCUUAAGUCUAUACGUCACUUCCCCAUUAGACUUAGAUCCCCACUGACUUCCCUGUGCUUGAAAAGUCAUUGGUUAAUCACAUGAAUAAAUGCAAUACUGAUUACAGACCUCAGUCAGACAAAACACGCAGCCUUUCCUCCCCUGUUCAAAACACUAUCUUGUAAGCGGAGCGGGAGUUUAGAACAGCAUUGCGUCCCUAUGGUAACAGAAGCUCUCACUCUACACUUACAAGAUAGUGUUGCGAACAGGGGAGGAAAGGCUGCGUGUUUUGUCUGACUGAGGUCUGUAAUCAGUAUUGCAUUUAUUCAUGUGAUUAACCAACAAUUGUUCAAGCACAAAGUUUAAAUAGAACGGAGUAAGCAUUGAUAGUGAUGAUGUUUGGGUGUCAUGUGACCCUGCAUAGGGAAAGCAUUCAAUUUAAAGGAACAGUAACAUCAAUUUUUUUUUUUUUUAAUUCUUUAGUAUAGAACGAAAUAAAAACACCAAGACAAAUUAAACUUUAAAAUAGCAAAGCCUUUAUUAAGAAAUAAAUAACAGAAACUCCACUUCCUGUCCUCUACAGAAAAGGUGACAGGUCGACGACAAUCCAUUGUGCGGCGCUCGAUUUCUUCUCCCAUCUUCUACUGGCAGGUGAUAGAAGCCAAACUUGUUCAUGAGUGCCUCGCAGCCCUGUAUGGCUCUCUCGCACAGCAACCGGCACGGGGGAUGGCCUGUUCCAACACAGUGCACACCGGCACUUACAGGAGCACAGGAAGAAGCACAGCUCCGGGGAACACUGCACCUUCACCAGCGGGUAGAACUGAUGCACCUCCAGCCCCACGUCCUCCUGGUUGGUGUGUCCGAAUGAGAGUUACUGUGGAAUAAGAUGCCAUGUAAGAAAAGUAUAACAGGGCAUCUGGCCCACCCCUUACCUGCCAGACAGUAUCACCUUCCAGCCGCUUCCCAACCGGUGCUAUGGGUAUAUUGGAUUAAAACUCAGAGCAGUGACUUCUUUUCCCCUCACAUGUUCCAACACGGUGCACACCGGCGUACUGCGGGCUUCCUGCUGGAGGAGCAGGCGGUGUGUGUGCCUUGUAAGAAAAGUAUGCACAUAUAUGGAACAGUCCAUCCCCAGUGCCGGUCACUGUGUGAGAAAGCCAGGCAGGGCUGCAAAGCGCCCAAGUUUGGCUUCCAGUGGCCGGAGCGGCAGCGCUGUGAGAAUUUCGGAAUGGGGGAGAUCUGUGUGGGACAGAACACUUAGGAUAACAGCGCGUCCGGCGGUGUGUGUGCAGCACUUCUCGGAGGACAGUUACCGGACAGUGGCACAGGGCACCAAGAAGGAGGGCUGUUGUAUCCGAGCACUUGUUACUCCAGCAGUACCAACAUUGCCUUCCACACAUUGCCAGUAGAAGAUGGGAGAAGAAAUUGAGCGCCGCACAAUUGAUUAUUGUCGCCUUUUCUGUAGAGGACAGGAAGUGGAGUUUCUGUAAGUUAUUUCUUAAUAAAGGCUUUGCUAUUUUAAAGUUUAAUUUGUCUUGGUGUUUUUAUUUCGUUCUAUACUAAUGAAUUUUUUUUUUUUAAAAAAAAUUGAUGUUACUGUUCCUUUAAUUGCGCAUGCCCAGGGCACAGGGGAAUGGUUGUGCGCAUGUGCACACCCUGAGAUGGGAAUUUUUGUUAAUAGUUGGAAUGUGAUAUACUUUCAAUCUACUUGGCAAUAAUUUGGAAUUUAAUUUCAGAAUAAAGGAAACUCAGAUGUAGAAAAGCUUCUGGUAAGCAGAUCUUAACAUACUGGCCAAUACUUUGAGCUGUAUUUGUAAUUUAACUUUAGUUCUCCUUUAAAAUAACUUUGUUCUCCAUCCAUAAUAAAGGCAGUGCACCUCUAUAAUUGCUUUGCCCAGCCCAUGACAAUUUAUAUUGUGACUGAGAAAACUGCCAUCUUAAUAUUUGCCGAGCUCUAAAUGCUUUGACGGCUCUGGCAUGUUGCUAUAUUGUAUCUGUAAGCCCCACAAGGAGCUGAAUGAGUCAGUUUAUUCCUCUCUGUAUAGGAAUAACCUGCCCAUAAUGAUGAUCAUAACUGUUACAUUUCUUGGACUUGGUUAAUACAGGAUUUGCUGUGUUUUAAUUUAUUAAAUCAGAUGUUGGUGCUAUUUAAUGUAUGUUUCUAAAGGAAUAAUGUAAUCUACCAGUUCUUAUCCUGUGCCAAACAAGUCAUUAGUCAACUUACACUGGCUCCAGCACUCCAUAUGGGUAGAUUGAACAACAUACAUUCAUCAAGCCCCCCCCCCCCCUAAGAUUUAUGCCUGCAUGCACAUUAUAAAUGUUAUAUAUUUCUUGGAACGGGAUGGUAAGUGUAACCUGAUAUUGCAGAAGACCUGACUAAUAAUAUCCAGCCGGCCAGUUAAGACUUAGAACAAAAUUAUGGUAUUUCCUUUAACAGUGACUGUCUUUGUACAGUGUAGAAUAUUAAAGAGGACCUGUCACCUAUAUGUAUAGGUAAAAUAAGUAGGGAUGCACCGAAUUCAAGAUUUAGUCCGGAAUUCUACUUUUUUUUUCAGCAGGAUUUGGCCAAAUCCUUCUGCCCAGCCAAACUGAAUCCUAAUUUGCAUAUGCAAAUUAGGGGUGGGAAGGGGGAAACAUUUUUUACUUCCUUGUUUUGUGACACAAAGUCACACAAUUUUCCUUCCCGUCCCUAAUUUGCAUAUGCAUAUGGAUUUGGACGAAAAUUUGGACUUGGAGAAAAAGGCAAAUUUGGUUCGGUAUUCGGUGGAAUCUUAUAUGAAGGAUUCGGAGGUUCGGCUGAAUCCAAAAUAGUGGCUUCGGUGCAUCUCUAAAAAUAAGUAAUUUUCAAAUUAAACCCAAAUUUUUUUUUUCUUUUUAUUAAAACAUCCCUACCUGUUAUAAAAAUGAUAGAUUUCACUGCACUCCUCAUGUUCCUCCUCUUUCCUAACCAUUUAAUUGUGUAGCCAGUACAUUGGCGAGAGUAUCAGGUCCCUCAUUCUGGUACAUAAAACAAGAUUCUGUCAUGAUGCAAAGCUUGCCUUAAUAACAGUGACUACAAAAUGACGCCUGCUUGCCGUGAUUAUGAAUUCCAAGACUAAAAAAAAAUAUUUUAAUAAUUUUUUAGUGUAAGCUAAGUUUAUUUUACUCGACUAACAUCAUAAAAUAGGAUUUGGAAUUUUUUUUUUUUAAGGCGACGGGUCCUCUUUAACUGUCUAAACCAAACCUUGAAUAGAAAAAUGGAAUAAUUGGGAUUAAUGUAUAGUAUGUAAAUGACUUUUCUGCAAGGAUUGUAUUAACCUUCCAAUAUAUACUGUAGCUCUUUACCAUUGUUUGCUUCUUUAAUAUAAUAUUCUUCUAAUUUUCUGGUAAUUGUUGUUUUCAUGUAAACCUAUGGGCAGGGGAUAUGAAGCGGUGCUGCUUAAUUGCCGUGGGGGAUCAUGUCCUUCCCGGUGAUAGAUUUCAAGCAGUAUAUGUGAAAAUGUUUGUUUACAUUUUAUUGUUCAUGAACUUUGUUUCAAACAAAUCUCUUAAUUCAUGUACAGUCUGUUUAGUUUCCUUUGCAUUUUAUUAUAAAUUUGCGUAAAACUGCA